UGGAGACGGUGCACGUCUGGAUACGGGAGCAUUUCCACUAUGGGACUGGAUACAGACACACGCCCGGCGGACUUCAAGAGUCUCAGACUGAGGAGAAAGCCCUUCCUGCUGCUGCUACUGCUGCCGCCGCUGCUCCUGAAGAUCCACUCCUUUCAUGGUUUUUCUUGCCAAGCCAGAGGCACCUUCGCUGCUGCCGCUGUUCUCUUUGGUGUCAUCCAGCGGCUGGCCAGAGGAUGAGACUCCCCAAACUCCUCACUUUCUUGCUUUGGCACCUGGCUUGGCUGGACCUGGAAUUCAUCUGCACUGUGUUGGGUGCCCCUGACUUGGGCCAGAGACCCACGGGGGCCAGGCCAGGAUUGGCCAAAGCAGAGGCCAAGGAGAGGCCCCCCCUGGCCCGGAACAUCUUUAGGCCAGGGGGUCACAGCUAUGGUGGGGGGGCCACCAACACCAGGGCAAAGGCAGACCCCGGGCAGACACAGGCCAAGAAGGAUGAGCCCAAAAAGCUGCCCCCCAGAUCUGGUGGCUCUGAACCCAAGCCAGGACCCCCUCCCCAGACCAGGCAGCCUGCAGCCCGGACUGUAACCCCAAAAGGACAGCUUCCCGGGGGCAAGGUACCCCCCAAAGCAGGAUCUGUCCCCAGCUCCUUUCUGCUGAAGAAGGCCAGGGAGUCUGGGCCCCCUCGAGAGCCCAAGGAGCCGUUCCGCCCGCCCCCCAUCACACCCCACGAGUACAUGCUCUCGCUGUACAGGACGCUGUCCGAUGCUGACAGAAAGGGAGGCAACAGCAGCGUGAAGUUGGAGGCUGGCCUGGCCAACACCAUCACCAGCUUUAUUGACAAAGGGCAAGAUGACCGAGGUCCUGUGGUCAGGAAGCAGAGGUACAUGUUCGACAUUAGUGCCCUGGAGAAGGAUGGGCUGCUGGGGGCCGAGCUGCGGAUCUUGCGGAAGAAGCCCUCGGACACGGCCAAGCCAGUGGCCCCUGGUGCCGGGCGGGCUGCCCAGCUGAAGCUGUCCAGCUGCCCCAGCGGCCGGCAGCCGGCAGCCUUGCUGGAUGUGCGCUCGGUGCCAGGCCUGGAUGGAUCUGGCUGGGAGGUGUUCGACAUCUGGAAGCUCUUCCGAAACUUUAAGAACUCGGCCCAGCUGUGCCUGGAGCUGGAGGCCUGGGAACGGGGCCGGGCUGUGGACCUCCGCGGUCUGGGCUUUGACCGGGCUGCCCGGCAGGUCCACGAGAAGGCUCUGUUCCUGGUGUUUGGCCGAACCAAGAAACGGGACCUGUUCUUUAAUGAGAUUAAGGCCCGCUCGGGCCAGGAUGAUAAGACCGUGUAUGAGUACCUGUUCAGCCAGCGGCGGAAACGGCGGGCUCCGCUGGCCACUCGCCAGGGCAAGCGACCCAGCAAGAACCUCAAGGCCCGCUGCAGUCGGAAGGCCCUGCAUGUCAACUUCAAGGACAUGGGCUGGGAUGACUGGAUCAUUGCGCCUCUUGAGUACGAGGCCUUCCACUGUGAGGGGCUAUGCGAAUUCCCCUUGCGCUCCCACCUGGAGCCCACGAACCACGCAGUCAUCCAGACCCUGAUGAACUCCAUGGACCCCGAGUCCACACCACCCACCUGCUGUGUGCCCACGCGGCUGAGUCCCAUUAGCAUCCUCUUCAUUGACUCUGCCAACAACGUGGUGUAUAAGCAGUAUGAGGACAUGGUUGUGGAGUCUUGUGGCUGCAGGUAGCAGCACUGGCCCUCUGUCUUCCAGGUUGGCAUAUCCUGAGAGCCCCUCCCCUUACUCCUGGAAUCACAGAGGGGUCAGGAAGCUGCAGUCAGAGCAUCUACACAACCGCACCAAAGGGCAUUCCAGCAGCCUUGUUCACUCUGAGUGUGACUUGGGCUUUCCUUCUAUUCACAAGUCCCCCAUCUGAGGAUUUCUGCUCUUCUGUUACUCUGACUGACAAGGACAGUCCAAGGGGACAGACUCUGCAUGGGACUGAGACCCAGGAGACAGUGUUUUCCAAUGAGACUCAACCUGUACUCUCUCCUAACUUAGGCCUCCUUGGCCUCUGAACUCUCCAAGGGGGUCUGAUGCUAUCCUGAGCAUCUGGUGGGAGAGACACAGGUGUCACCUCCUCUUUGAAUCACCUUUGUGCCUGGUGACUUUCAAUUUUUAGGGCAGAUGAGAUGCUGAUUGGGCUGGUGUGGGAGAACGGGGAGAGAACUUGGGCAAGGGUAAGGAGUAUGAGGCUGUUAGACUGUUAGAUUAAAAUAUACAUUGAUGAGAAAAAAAAGCCAAACUGUGCCUAAAACUGUAGCAAAUUUCUUGUUUACUCCAGGGGACCCAUAACCCCUCAAGGAAUUCCUCUCAGAGAAGGAGGGUGGGUUGCUUCAUGCAUGAACUCUGUUUCCCAGGCCCCACCCCCAACCCUUGGAAACUGAAGCAGAAUGGGGCAGAGAGUAAGAACUGGGCAGGACCAGUGUUCACCUCUAACCUCAUUCCUGUUCUUUCCAAAGGCCCAUUGGCCCUUGGGUCCAUCUGCUCCAUUGGGGCCUGGCAACAAAGUUAGAUUUUUACAUUCCUUAGUCAAGUUUUUUUUGUGUGUGUGUGUUAAAAGGGAUCCUUAAAUGAGAAUGAUACUGGGGAUUUCAUUUCCUUUAAAUGAAAUGGAGACCAAGAGCAGUCUAAGUCUCUGGUUCUCAUCCAGGAGGCCUUAAAAUCAUCUCUGAUCAUUCACCAGCAUCUGCCCUGCCCCCAUUUUCUCCCAUCCUCACAGAAUUAAAUGGGCAACAUUUAAAGGGCCCUCUACUUCUGCAUUGGGGAGUCUGGACUGCCAGGAGUCUCCCCUUCCCAAUGGGAGCCUUUUAUUUUGCCAUGACCAUUGUUCUUCAUAUGACCUUGUCUGUGACCCUGCUGCCCUCCAGCUUAGCACCCGCAGUAUUCCUUAUUGCUUACCCAUCACCUACCACAGCUCCAGAGUCAGAAUUAGAGCCCCUCACUUUACAUUAUACAUUAUAUAUAUAUAAAUACACAAAUAUACAUUAGGUAAAUCAUCUUCCCACUGAUCUCAGACAGACAAAUGCCAGGCUAUGUUUCUACUUAGGGCUUAGUCUAUAGUAAAUACUCACUUUCCCUUUUCAGUUAGAAUCUUCAGGGAGGAGAGAGCACUAUAUAGCACACACUUGUAAUCCCAGUGACUCAGGAGGAUGAGGCAAAAGGAUUAUAAGUUCAAGGCCAGCCUCAGCAACUUGAUGAGGCUCUCAGUAACUUGAUGAGAACUUGUCUCAGAAUAAAAGAUUUAAAAAGGGGCUGGGAAAUGUGGCUCAGUGGUUAAACACCCUGAAUUCAAUCCUGGUGCAAAAGAGAGAGAGAGAGAGAGAGAAAGAGAGAGAGAGAGAGAGAGAGAGAGAGAGAAAGAGAGAAAGAAAGAAUAUGAAUCUUUGGGGUGUAUGAAACCUGAGCUUUUGGAAGAGGAACACAACCUCCUGGUGAGGAAAUUUAGGCACCUGGAUCCUCCAACUGAGGGUUCAGAGCCAGGUUUUACCAGGCUGAUGAGAGACUCAAAGAGGAGCAAAAAUCCAAGCCUCUGGUUCCCACCCAGGAGGCCUCAAAAUUUUCCCCAUCUCUCUCUAGCUAGGUCUUUAAUUCUGGGAGCCCUUAGCCAAAGCUGUCUCAACCGUAGGGAUUCCUGCCCAGCUAUGGGCAGAACUUGUACCUUUUCCCUCUAGGCCUGAAAUUUGGGUUGCCAGACUCUGAAGCAAGAACCCAGCACAGGGAGCAACCUACCUUUGAGCUGCCUUCUUGGUUUGGAGGCCAUUACCUGUCCCAGAGGGGCCAGAUUGAUCCUAGAGCCAAGAUCUCCCUGGCCAGGCCUCCUUGUGUUUGGCUAGUGGUGAGCCUGUGAGCUCUGGAAGUAAACAAAGGAGCUGCCAUGGCAGACAGUCCUGGUGUGUGUGAGAGGAGAACGAGCCUGGAAGGGAGGUGCUGGGGAUGCCAAGCAGACAGCUGUGGAUAUAAGGAGAACAGUGUAGAAGCUGGGUGACUGGAAACCCAAGGACAGAGAUACAGGGAAUUAAGGGGUCACAGGUGCCAUUGGAGGCCAUAAGUACUUAUUUCCUGGGCUGUGCGUCCUUGGUUUCUUGGAAAGUUCUGAGAAAACUGGAGCUUCUUCCUGCCUUAACCCCAGCAGAACAUCAUGAGUUACAGUACUCUUCUUGCAGAAGGCCUUGGCUUUGAAUGGGCUAUAGUGGCUCUGGCUGGACAACCUAGGAUCUUCCUCUCCCACCACAAUCUGCUCUGGAACUGUCUCUUACAAAGGAGCUAGUCAGACUGUGUACCCUCCCUCCUCUCAUCUAGACCUAGGGUUUCAAUCUGAUCAUGUGUGUGAGAAGAGCCCUUCCCACCUUUGGAUUUGCACAACUGCCUCAUUAGAAAUGCUCUCCGUAGGUUCCCACUUUCAGCCCCAAUCAUAAGAAGCCAUAGACUGUGCAAUAUAUUUUUGCCCAGAGAGUACAGGACUUCUAUCAUA